AUGCGUAUUGCUAUCGAAGGAUGCUGUCAUGGUGAAAUGACUCGAGUGUUUCGCCAAGUACUCAAACUACACCGUAAAACACCCAUUGAUCUCUUAAUCAUCCUAGGCGAUUUCCAAUCCAUAAGAACACCUAAGGACCUACAUUCGAUGAGUGUACCGCCCAAGUUUCGUCGCAUGGGCGAUUUCACACAUUACUAUCACGACGAUAUACCUCCUGUUCAAUUACCUUUCUUAACCUUGGUUAUUGGCGGUAACCAUGAAAGUAUGCGCCACCUCUUACAAUUACCCUUCGGCGGCUGGCUAUGCCCCAAUGUCUAUUACAUGGGAUAUAGUAAUGUCAUCUGGUAUAAAGGCUUAAGAAUCGGUGGUCUUAGUGGUGUGUAUUAUAAUCGGGAUACACAUACAUCACGACCUACUUGGCAAGAACUAGAGGAAAAAGGGUGGGCCCGUCAUGUACGGAGUUUGUACCAUGUACGAGAUGUCGAUACGGGACCUCUUUUCGCUCUAAGUUCUUCAAAUGAAUUGGGUAUAGACUUGAUGCUGAGUCAUGAUUGGCCUACAGGUGUUACAAAUCAAGAAUAUGGAGAUACAAAAGGGUUACUGCGGCUGAAGCCCUAUUUUGCCAAGGAAGUGGCCCAGGGUUGCCUGGGCAGCCCCAUCAAUUGGUCACUACUAACACAUUUGAAACCUAGUUGGUGGUUAAGUGCACAUUUACAUGUACGAUAUAGAGCCACCAUAAGACAUGCAAAACAAGAUAACCCAGAAGCUAUUGACUUGGAUUUGGAUCUAGAGGAAACAAGUCCAUCACAAGAUACAACCACAUCACAAGACAAUAAAAAAGAAAAUACAAAUACAAGCUUGAAAACAGAAUUCCUUGCCCUAGACAAAUGCCUUCCUGGAAGAAGAUGGCUAGAGGUUAUAGAUAUACAACCCAGAAACCACAAAGACCCAAGGAUAAGUGCCUUGGACCCUUCAAGAUUAUAUGUGGAUCCCGAAUUCCUUUGGGGGUUACGCCACAAUCAAGAACUGCGCACGUGCAUGGAUCAGAGCCUAGAAAUAACUCAGAAUGACAAUUGUCUGUCGUCUGAACUUUGUGCGUCACGUGCUGCUUUUGUGGCACAAAAAUGGGAGCACCCAGACACCCUAGCUCUGCCGCCGUGCACCCACGGAAUCCAUCGUCGAGAAAGAUGGCAAACAGAGAAUUUUCAAGCCACAUUCUUGAAUCCUGAAAAAGAAAAACAGGAUGCCGAGAACAAGCUUGAAAAGGUAAAAGAGGAUGCUGAAUUGGUGAUUAAAGAGGAAAUACAGGAUGCUAGUAGAUCUGACAUUAGAUAA